AUGUCAGGGGCUCUUGGGCGUGGCUCCUACCGUUCUGUAGUGGCCGGUACGCGUAAUGUGCCCCAGCGUCUGACAUAUUACCCCUGUGCAUACGAAUUGAUGCAGCUACACAAGGCGCACAAAGAGGUGAUACGCCACUUUUACGUUAGGGACAAGAUCUUUGACAAUAAAUUUCCCACCACGGCGCUUGCAAAUGGUUUGUUCAAAUUUGUUCCCAACCGACGUGAGAGUUAUCACAUGCGUGAGGUGAUGGAAUCCAUCCGCCGCCGCUCGAUAUUGAUGCAUCGCAUACAGCAGCAGCGGGCAAUCAAUGCCAAAGUCGUGGAGGAGUUGGAAAAAGGGUACGGUAAGGAGUCUGCAGCGGCUAUGCUUUGCUUCACCACGCCGGAUUCUGACGCCUACUUUAACCCACAGCGUUAUCAAAGUGUGGCGAAUGCAUGGCCAAAUUACUGGCAGCACCCGAGUACCUCACAUGUGGUGCCAAAACCCCGCUGGCGCCGUGUACCAGAGCUCGGCGGCAUUACGCGAGUGCAAGACCCACUGACGGAGCAGGCGAACGACUACUAA